AUGCCCAACAAGGUGUCGCCGCUGGGCUUGGCGCACAGCGCCGAAUGCGCGAUCGGUGAGCGACAGCUGCACAGGAAGUUAUGUUAUUUAUACGAAAUCCCUUCGUUCGGCGGUUUUUUGGAGGGCUUUCGUCUGUCUUGUGAGGCUGUUUUCAGUUUUGAAUCGAUGGUUUUUUAGUUUUGUAAACGUCUUUUGAGACUUUUCAUUUUUAUUUUUUUUGCACUGUGCGAAAAUUUUUGCUAUUUUUUGCACCGUGCAAAACCCAAAAAAAACGCACAGUGCAAAAAUUUUCACUUUUUUUCGCACGGUGCGAAGAGUUUAGCCAAUUUUCUUUUGCACUGUGCAAAAAUUUAUGACUCUUUUUUUUGCACAGUGCGAAAAUUUUCUCAAAAAUUUUUGCACUGUGCAGAUUUUUUGGACCUUGAAUUUGCCUUUAGUUUUUCGCACAGUGCAAAAGUUGCCUCUAGUUUUUCGCACCGUGCAAAAUUUUCGCUUCUGUUUUUGCACCGUGCAAAGUCCAAUAAAAAAUUCCGCACAGUGCAAAAAUUUGUCAUUUUUUUUUUGCACCGUACCUUUUUUUAAACCCAAAAAAAUAUUCCGCACCAUGCAAAAUUUAAAAAAUCUUUCUUUUCGCACUGUGGUCUAUCGGAAAAAAAUUCCAAGCAUUGGAAAUGUUUUUGUAAAAUACGUAUUUUUUACACAGCUUUUAAUCAAUUUAUUCCCGCACAGUGCGCUCCAUGUUUCUUGAAUUUUCAUUUUCCCGCACCGUGCGGAAAAUAAAGAACACUUGCAGUAUGCAAAUGAAAAAAAAGUUGGUCGGUAAAAGCUUCCUGGUAUACUGUACUGGGACUAGGUGUUCUAUUAUGACUAUUUUUACCACUAUUUUGCACUGUGCAACCGAAAUUUAGAGACUUUUUUCUUGUGCACAGUGCAAUCGCUGGGUUUGGGGAAACGUGUCAUAACUUUCAGCAGAAAUGUGAAAACGUUUUAUACUUGGUAAACUAUCGUCAGAUAGGACUGUUACGACUAUCUUUUAAAGGAUUUUUAAUCUUAGCCCUUAGGGCUUGGUCUAUGAAGAUCUUAAAUUUUGGCUAUUUUUAUAUAAAUUUUCAAGAUUUUAAAUCGUAUUUUACAAAAAAAUGUCCUCAUAAUGUCAUCUUACCUCUUUUUCUACCAUUUGGAUUACUGUAAUAAAAAAUUUUCAUCAAAAUCCCGACAUUUCCCGGAAUUCCCCGCUCCUUUUAAAAGCGCCACCGGAUCGAAUUGCCGCAGGCAUUUCUCUCGGCGGUCUCGGAUCGGCAUCCCUUUGUUUGUUUACCCAUCCCACAAUCAUAAUUUAUAUUCAUCCUUCGAUCCCAUUCCAUUAUUGGAGCGUCACAAAAGGAAGAAGAAAAACGGGGUUGAAUUGUUUUUUUCGAGCAUCUCCUGAGGGGAAAUCCUUGCGAUUACCGAGAAAACAGAAAAUUGCGGGCUGUCGCAAUUUUUCUCUGAUCAGGUGACGUCAUUUUUAUUGUAAAAUUUUGAGAUUUCUGAGAUUUAGAAUUUCGCACAGUGCAAUGGGAAUUUUUGAAAAUUCCAGUGAGGAGGGUGGAAAAAAGUGUAAAGUAAUGUUGUCUACAGCGUUGAAUGGGCAUUCUAAUGCAGUAAUCAUAAAAAAAUCUUUAAUUUUGCCUUUGCACGGUGCAAAAAUUCAAUUUUGAAAACUGCACUGUGCAGAUUCUUGGGUUGGAUUUUUUGCAUUGGGAAAACGGAAUUUUUUGAAAUCAUUUUUAAUUUUAAAAUCGCAUAACACAAAUACCAUAUUCCUGAAAAUUUCAGACCAAAAUUCUCGCUUCUGACUGCACUGUGAACGAAAUUAUUUGUUGCACUGUGCAGUCGAAAGAAACCGUCUUUUCUGAUCUGCACGGUGCAAGAACUUGUCGCGACAUAUUGGAAAAAGUGCACAGUGCAAAAACAGACCAGUUGCGAUUUUUGGCAGUCAAUUUUUCGCACUGUGCAGACGAAAAAAAAACUUUUUUUUGCAACGCACAGUGCAAUGUUUUUGGAUUCACGGAAACGAUUUGUUGCACUGUGCAGCGACAAAAAAAUGUCGCAAAAUUUAUUCGCACUGUGCAAAAAAAUUAUUUUCCCCAUUGCACAGUGCGAAAAAAUAAAAGAUAAAAAUUUUGCACCGUGCAGUUUCCAAAAUCCAAAAAAAAAAAUUUUUUUUUUAAUUUUUGAUCCCAAAAAUGUUAGGUCGCGGCCAGGUCUCGCUCUUCUUUUCAGACUUUUUUUUGACUUUCAUUUUCUGCAGCGCAUCCGCAAAGAAUCUUCGGAGUUCAACGCCCAUUGAACCGGUCUUCAACACGCUUUCUCUUCCAGUUUUUUUUUUCUCCUUUUCACCCUUCGCCCCGGUUCCUGCUCGCGACGCUAAAGAAGAAAUUUAUUAUAACCGUUAUUCGAAUUGUUUCCGCCCUUACAAUACGACAUAAGGGGGCAAAAAGUCAAAAACUUUACGAAUUAUGCAAAUUUUUUGGAGAUAUUUGGAUGUUUUAGGGGUUUUUGGGGUUGGGGAAAAAUAGUGGGACACUCAAAAAAAUUUUUGUUUUUUGAUUUUGAUGAUUUUUUACUGCACGGUGCAAAAAAAAUAUUUUUCAAAUUUUGCACAGUGCGAUUGAAAUUUUUUGGACGAUUGCACUGUGCGCAAAUGCCCUUAGGCAAAAUGCCUAAAUAAUAAAUUUUUUGGCUGCCCAAUAUUUACCAUGGUCAUAAAAAUUUUUAAUUUUCUUUCCACUGCACAGUGCAAUUAUCAAAAUUUUAUUUUUUGCACUGUGCAGUCAACUUUUUUGUAAUUUUAUCGCUAUGCAGGAAGAUUGUGCAAUUUUUUAAGGUGCAAUUUUAAAAAGGAUGAUGAGGAAACACAUCUUACUAGAUUUUUUUAUUUUUUAUUUCUUUGCACUGUGCAGAAAUUGAAAUUCAAAAUUUCGCACAGUGCAGUUACAUUUUUCUAAAUUAUUGCACAGUGCAAGAGGGAUUGGUAAUUUUUUUGCAUUGUGCUUUGAUUAAUGAUUGAUUUUCAUUCAAAACAAUCCAAAUUUCUACAUUUUUUCUCUCUGCACAGUGCAGUUUUCGACCAUCUUUUAAUCCGCACAGUGCAGUCCUAAAUCUUCUUUUUCUUUCUCAAAUUUUGUCUCCGAAAAACAAAUAUCUCUCAAUCCACAUGAUUUUUCAAUUGGAAUUCCCUGUUACUGUACUGACAAAUUCGCCAUUACCUGUCCUUUUCGAAGUUUUCUGGGUGUUUCCUCAAAAACAAAGCAAUUCAACCGUAGUAAACAUGUUGACAAUGCUUGCUUUGAAGGUAAAAGCGUGCUUUCGUCAAAUCGAAUUCCUUAUUUUAUUGCAAGUGACAAGUGUACUAGGAAAUCUUGCUAUUUUGGGAUAUUUUUUUAUUUUUUUACCGUAUUAAUGCAAUCAUUUUUUUGAAUUAUUGCACUGUGCAGAAAUUGUCUUUCUAUCUUCAUUUGCACAGUGCAACGAUGUCUUGGCUUUUUUUUGGCCAAAUUCCUUCCGCACAGUGCGAAAAAAACAAAAUUUUUCCUUUGCACAGUGCAUUUUUUAUCGACCUAAAUUUUGCACGGUGCAAUCGUGUGCUUCGAAAUGGUUGCACUGUGCGCGACUUUUUUUUGACUUCUCUGCACAGUGCAUCAACUUUUUUCGCCCUACAUCUUGAUUGCACAGUGCAAAAAAUACGGACUUUUCUCUGCACAGUGCAAUUUUUAAAAACGGAAAUUUUGCACGGUGCAAUCGCUUGUUUCCCAAAUUCUUGCACUGUGCGUGACUUUUUUUGACUUCUCUGCACAGUGCAUCAACUUUUUUGACCUACGCUCGAUUGCACAGUGCAAAAAAUACGGACUUUUCUCUGCACAGUGCAGUUCCUGGAAACGGAAAUUUCGCACUGUGCAAUCACUUGCUUCCCAAAUUCUUGCACUGUGCGGUUAUAGAUAUAAAUUUCUUUGCGCUGUGCAUGAUCUUUUUUGCCCUUCUUCUUGAUCAGACAGUGCGAAAACUACAAACUUUUCUCUGCACAGUGCAAUUUCUAAAAACGGAAGUUAUGCACGGUGCAAUCGGUCAUUUCCGACGUACUGCACUGUGCGUCUUUCUUUUUGAUUUCUCUGCACAGUGCAUCAACUUUUUUUGCCCUACAACUUGAUUGCACAGUGCAAACACUAUGAACUUUUCUUUGCACAGUGCAUUUUUUGAAAACGGAAAUUUUGCACUGUGCAUUGGUUACUUUUCUAAUUUUUUCAUUAUUCAAUAAUCAUUUCUGAUCUGGGCUCACAGUGCAUAAACUUUUUUGCUCCACCUUGCUCCUCACUGCUCUGUUUUAUAACCUUUUUUGAUCCGCACGGUGCAAUCCUCUCUCUCGAAGUUUUCCGACAUAAUUAACCACAGAAUUUUCUGGGCUCUCCACGUAAUUCCCAUUCCAAAUUACUCGAAUUAACAGUCCCAUCAACUCUUUUCUGCGGUAAAUUUGUUAAUUCCGAAGGUCGGAGGGUUUAGGGAAAAGAGAAAAAAAUACAAAAGUCGUGUUUGUUUAGGAGAUGUUCGUCAUGCGAAACGAACUCUUCGACCCGGUUACGAGGGAUUUAGAGGGGGAUCAAGAGUAAAUAGACAAGGUCCUGCUGGAAAUCCACGGUUUUCGAGGGAUUUGGGGCGUAAUUUAGGGAUUUUUUGAGAUUUUUAAGGGAUGAAAAUUAUUUUUAGGGGUAAAAUACGGGAUAUACACAAAUUCCUUCUUAAGAAGUUUAGUUUUUAGAAGAAAAAUAUCAAAUGUUAAGCAAUUUUUCGGAAAAUUUUAAAAAAUUUUUUGAUUUUACUUCCGUAUUUUGGUCAAAAAUAAUUUUAAUAAAGUAAAAACGAGAUGAUUUUUUGUAAAAUACGCCCACCUCCAAUAUUCCUUUUAAAAUUUUUCAAUUUUUUAUUUGUAUUUGCUCAACUACUUGUUCCAUUUGGUCUCGAAAAAUCUUCCUUUGAGAAAUUAAGGUCAGUCUGAGAUCAUAAUUUUACUGUACACUCCACUUUUCUUCUUUCUUUGUCCUAAAUUCAAUGGGAAAAUUUUUCACUUUUUCUGCACUGUGCGGUCGGGAAAAAUUUUUUGCACAGUGCAGUCUUCGCAAAAAAAAUUUUGCACAGUGCAAAAAUCUUGAAUCGCACAGUGCGGAUUUUCCGAAUUUUGCACAGUGCAAUUUUCGGAAAAAACUUUUCGCACAGUGCAAAGAUUUUUUUGACUUGCACUGUGCGCUCGCGACAAACCUUUUUCAUUUUUUGCACAGUGCAAAGAUUUUUUUGCUUGCACAGUGCGCUAGCGACAAAUUCCUUUGUUUUGUUUCGGCCGCACUGUGCAAUGUGCAAAUGAGUUUCCCACGUCGGCACCGUGCAUUUGCGACAAACUUUUUUCAUUUGUUCGCACAGUGCAAAAAUCUUGAAUCGCACAGUGCGGGUUUACCGAAUGUUGCACAGUGCAGUUUUCGGAGAAAACUUUUUGCACAGUGCAAAGAUUUUUUUUGGUUUGCACAGUGCGCUCGAGACAAAUUCCUUUCUUUUGUUUCUGCCGCACUGUGCAAAUGGGUGUCCUUUCCCACGUCGGCACCGUGCAUUUGCGACAACCUCUUUCAUUUUUUUGCACUGUGCAAGGACGCUUUUUCCUUCUUCUGUCCGCACAGUGCAAAAAUUUUGGAAUUUUCGCCCACUGAUGACUGCACGGUGCAGUUUACAAAAAGUCGAUUGCACAGUGCGAAAAAAAAUUUUUCCGAAAAUUUUAAAAUACGGUAUCGCCAAAUAGAACAAAAGAUAUUUUUCUUCUACAUUAUAGCCAAAAAACAGCUCGUUUUGAUUACUUUUCCCCAUUAUUUGUCAGCUCCUUCCUCAUUGUUUGUACUCACGAAAAUAACCUCCAAACAUUAUCUUAACCUGUAUUUUUCGGGACCUUUAUUUGAUUAUUUGUUUGGUACAAAAAAAAGUUUGCCUCGAGGCCAAAUCGAAAGUUUUUGGAGGAAACGCAAAAAUUACAAAGGAAUUUUUGGCUGAAAGAGCUGGGAAAUGUCGCGUUUUGUAUUCGAGCAAUGCGUUUCGUAAAAACAUUACGGAAUUUUUUGGGGAAAUUUCAGAAAAAAAAUUUGGUUGCAUUGUGCAUAGCGAUGCUUAGAAUUUUUUUGAGUAUUCAAAAAGGGUGAAAACAUUGCGAAUCUGUCCUUAUUUAGGCAUCAACAUUACUUUGGAACCUUUCCGCACUGUGCAAACGUCAAUUUUCUCUUUUUUGAUUUGCACGGUGCGGUUUUUUGAAAAAUUUGUUUUGCACGGUACACUGGGACAAUUUUAAAAAAGUCAAUGUAAAACUAAAAUUUAGAUUAUAUUCUCUACCGUUCAGCCAAAAAUUGUCUCAUUUUGUCGUUUGCACAGUGCAAAAGACACAUUUCUUUUUUUCCCGCACUGUGCAGUUUCUUUUUUAAAACCCGUUGAUUGCACCGUGCAAUGAGCACUUCAUAAAAAUUUUGACAGGGCAAAUUGAAGCUCUAGAGAUGUCUAUCACACCGCAGAAAAAUUUUUUGCAAAUUUCCUCUCCGCACUGUGCAAUGAGGAUCUUUAUUUUUCCGCACAGUGCAGUUUCUUUAAACUUUUGAUUUCACCGUGCAGUGAGCACUUUACAAAAAUUUUGAAAUUGCAAGUUGAAGCUCGUGAGGUGUCUAUCAUAAUGAAAAAAAAAUUUUUCAGAAUCUUAUCUCCGCACUGUACAAUGAAUAAAUUUAUUUUUCCGCACAGUGCAGUUUCUUUAAACUUCUGACUGCACCGUGCAGUGAGCACUUCAUAAAAAUUUCGGCUGUGCAAAUUGAAGCCCUUGAGAUGUCUAUCACAACGCAAAAAAUUUUUUUUGCAAAUCUCCUCUCCGCACUGUGCAAUGAAGAUCUUUAUUUUUCCGCACAGUGCAGUCUCAAUUUUUGAUGUUUUUAGUGGUUGAACAACAAAAACUCAAAUUUUCCAUAGUAUAGCAACCUCUUACUUACACCUAUCUUCCGUAAUCCGACCUGAUUUUCUACAAGGUUACUGUAAAAAAACGUCGCUUUGCAGUAUUUGCACAACCUCCAAGGGUCUGACGAAAAUCCUCUACAAUAUCCGAUUUCAACAAUUCUCUUGUGUUUGUUCAUCGUUUAUAACUCAAUUUUUGUUUCGUGUUCGUAUCUAUUUUACUAUUUUUGUUAUAAUUUUGCACAAUCUUCAAGUUUUCAACGGCUUAAAUUUGGGAUUUUUCAGUGGAAGCGGACGCAGCGAAUGUGACAUUGAGCGACAUGGGGCUGAACAAGGUUUGGGUCAUCCCAUUGUUCACUUUCAUCUUCUCUUUGGCGGCGUUUUUGGUCAGUUAUGUGAUGGCCGCAUCGCUUGGCCAUGUCUCCACUUUUUGGCCAUAUAUCAGGUAAAAUACGUUCGAUGUCCUAUAUAUCCAAUUAUUUGUGUAUUUCUUCUAUUUGCGAUCAGAAAUGGACAAAUCCCGGGCGCAGCCUGCGCAAUUUUCAAAAAACCUAGGGCGCGAGCUGCGGAAAAAAAUACAAAAUAUUUGGUAGAAAGUUCAAAUAUGCUCUAUUUACAACUGUGACUUACUUUUCUCUCCUUUAAAAUACCAAUUUUACUUUGAUAUUUUUUUAAGUUAGGGCGCGAGCUGCGGAAAAAAUUCGGUUUAAAAUACGUCGUUUUCCAUUUUGCAUUUUUUUAAGUCUUUGACGGACAGAAAAAAUGUUUUACUAUUGGUUUUCACCGUUUUCUUGAAGUUCUCUGCCACCUAGGGCGCGAGCUGCGACUUAAAAAAAUUAAAAAAAAAAAAUUUUUUUUUGAUGGUUACAAAAAAUAAUAAACAACAACUCGUGCCGUAUUUUAAACUGUCAAUUUUUGAAUUUGUAGACUAUUUUUCAGCGAAGCGAGGGCGCGAGCUGCGACUUAAAAAUCCCAAAAAAGCUGGGAAAUUUAGAAAAAAUGUGUGGAUUUAGAAUGUAGAGAAAAGAAAAUAACUUUAAAAAUUUAUUUUUUAAAAUACGACCCUUUUUCCGACCAGUUUUGACCUUAUUUUAGUGAUUCCGGCGCCUUUCCUCCCGAAAGUUGCGUCUUCGGCCAACUUUUGAACAUGGCCGCCCUUUUCCUGGCCAUAACCGUCUAUCUCCGCCACCGACAGAUCGUCGAGUUCUACUGGCAUCGCUUCAAACAGGUGGGGCGAUGGCGCAACGUCAGCUGCGGCCUGCUUUGGCUCGGCUACACCUCCGCGUUCGGGGUCAGUAUGGUCGCCAACUUCCAGGAAAACCACGUCAUCUACGUCCAUUAUGCCGGAGCGUUGCUGGCGUUCGGCUGUGGCUUGAUUUAUACGUGGGCGCAGACGGUUUUCAGCUACAUGAUGAACCCCAAGUUGGCGAGACCGAUCGUGUCGCAUGCCCGUUUGGUGUUGUGCUUGUUGAGCUCGGUGUUUUUUGUUUCGAGUAAGUGGGUUUUGAGGGUGAAGGGGUGAAAUAGGAGGAAUAAAAUUUAUUUUUUAGAUUAAAAAAAUAAAAUAAAAAUUUCUUUUUAAAAAAUUUUUCAAACAAAAAUAUCAGAUUUUUGCGGAUUUUUUAAAAAUUUUUUGGAAUAAAAAAAAUAGGAGAAAUAAAAUUUAGAUUUAAAAAAAAUUUUUAAGAAUUUUUUAAACAAAAAUAUCAGAUUUUUGCGGAUUUUUUUUUAUUUUUUAAUUUUUUUGCAAUAAAAAAUUAUAAUUUUUUUAAAAAAAGUUUCAAAGUUUUGUAGAGUUUUAAACCAAUUUUUUGAUUUUUUGCGUUUUAAAAUAUUUUUUAUUAAAUUUAUGUUCCACGAUUAAAUGUAAAAUACGUGUUUCUAUGAUUGAAAUUAAAAUUGGAAGUUUUUUGAGGUUUUUGGGAAAUUUUUAACCUUUAAAAAAUUAAAAUUUUGAGAUUUUUUGGGACAAAUUCGGGUUGUUGUACGAUUUCCUUGUUUUUUGGGAAUCUUUUUUUUAGAUUUUUUUUAAAAAAUUAAUAAAUCAAAAGUUAUGUCGGAUUUAAACUUGAGUGUAAAAUACGUGGUACCAGAUUUGAUGACUUUUUUGAAAUUGAAAAACGGUUGACUUUGUAUUAUUUUCAGUGGUGGUAUUUGGCCCGAUCCUUGGCCGACAACCCAAAAGUGCGGAUGAAUUGGAUGGGCAAGAAGGGUUCUACAAGUGGAGUGGGCAUGAACCUGUAAGUCCAAAAUUGUGUUUUGCGUUAACAUUCCGUAUUUUACAAAUUUUCUCUUGAAUUCUCAGCAGUAUUUUUGUCCUAAAUUGAUUUUUUUGCCACAAAUUUAAUUUAGCUUUGAAAAAUAUUAUUUUUUUGUCCAUAUUUUACCCAAAAAAAUAAUUUUUUAAGCCAUAAAAUUGAUUCUUUUUUUUUUUUUUUUUUUUUUGUAUUUUAGCUUUUAAAAAUAAAUAUUUUUCGUAUUUUACCCAAAAACUACUGAAUUUUACACUAAAAAAUCACCGUAUUUUGUCUUUGAAAACCUGUUGCCUACAUUUUGGAAUUAGUAUUUUACACUCAAAAAUAUUAUUUGUAAAUUUGAAACCCAUAAAAUAGCUUCUUUUCAUUAAAAAAAAAAAAAAAUUGAUUUUUUCAAAAAAAAAAAUUACCCGCAUUGUUUCCAGAACUACGUGGAACACAUGAUCGGGACCUGCUCGGAAUGGCUGCUCGCCAUCUGCUUCCAAAUGUACAUCCUCAGCUUCGCGAUCGAGCUGCGCCACGCCUACUGCCACGCCCCCAAACUGAAGCUGAUCGCGUUCCUGGACGGGGAGGAGAGCGCCGUCUCCACGGACGUGUUCGACUGCUGUGUGGUGCCGGCCAAGAUCCUGACCGGCGUCAACCCGCGCCAUCACGAGGAGUCCAGCUCCGACGAUGACUAUAAACCCGCCACAACGGAGGAGUCGAGAGAGAGUUUCCGCCGAUUCAAUGAGGACAUUGAACCGACUCGGGUCAGUGUCAAAAUGUGA